UGCACAGCCGCCGAGGGAGGCGCCAGAGAGCCGGCCACAUACACACACACUGCUCCGCUAAAGAUGUGAAAAUGGCGGAGCUACAAAUGCUUCUGGAAGAGGAGAUUCCAGCAGGACGAAGCGCACUACUAGACAGUUUCACCAAUUUGGAAAGAGUCGCGGAGUACUGCGAAAGCAACUAUGUCCAGUCUCCAGACAAGCAGAGGGCGCUGGAGGAAACCAAGAACUACACCACCCAGUCUCUGGCCAGCGUCGCCUACCUGAUCAACACGCUGGCCAACAAUGUGCUGCAGAUGCUAGACAUCCAGGCCUCGCAGCUGCGCCGCAUGGAGUCCUCCAUCAACCACAUCUCACAGACGGUGGACAUCCACAAAGAGAAGGUGGCCCGACGAGAGAUCGGCAUCCUCACCACCAACAAGAACACGUCCCGCACCCACAAGAUCAUCGCCCCCGCCAACCCCGAGAGACCCGUACGCUAUAUCCGCAAGCCCAUCGACUACAGCUUCCUGGACGACAUGGGCCAUGGAGUCAAGUGGUUGCAAAGGUUUAAGGCCAGUGCUCAGAACAUGAAGGCAGGAGGCGGGGUACUCCCUCGCACAAACCCCCCCACACAGAAGCCCCCCAGUCCGCCACUGUCGGGGAAAGGGACCCUCGGGCGCCACUCGCCCUAUAGGACGCUCGAGCCGGUGCGUCCACCCGUUGUCCCUAACGACUACGUCUCAAGCCCGACGCGCAACAUGGCGCCCCCCCUGCAGAGCCCUGCACGCACUGCAUCCGUUAAUCAGAGGAACCGCACGUACAGCAGUGGGAGCAGUGGAGGCAGCCACCCCAGCAGCAGCCGCAGCAGCAGCCGGGAGAACAGUGGCAGCGGCAGCGUGGGCCUGCCCAUCGCCGUGCCGACCCCAGCCCCGCCCAAUGCCUUCCCAGGUGCUCCUCAGUUCUACAGCAUGAACCGCCCUGUGCAGCCCCCCCAGCAGCAGAACUCACAGGUGGGGGGGUCUCUGCCAUACCGCCGCCCUUCCUCCGUCACCGGGCAGCCCAACAUGUUCCAGAGCCAGCUCAACGGAGGGCCACACUUCGCCCAGAACCAAGCAGGCCCACUCGCACCCCCUCCCCCCUCCAUGCAGAUCACCCCCCAGCUGCCUCUGAUGGGCUUUGUGGCCCGUGUACAGGAGACCAUCGCAGACGUGCCGCCUCCACCUCCACCUGCAGAGGAGCCGGUGUUUGAAGAGCCCACUCCUCCUCCUCCACCUCCGGAGGAAUACGAAGACGACGAGGAGGAGGAUGAGGAGGAGUCGGCGGUGGUGGAGUACAGCGACCCGUACGCCGAGGAGGACCCGCCAUGGGCCCCGCGCACCUACCAGGAGAAAGUGGUGGCCAUCUACGACUACGCCCGAGACAAAGAAGAUGAGCUGUCGUUCCAGGAGGGCGCCAUCAUCUACGUGAUCAAGAAGAACGACGACGGCUGGUACGAGGGCGUGAUGAACGGCACCACGGGCCUCUUCCCCGGCAACUACGUCGAGUCCAUCAUGCACUACGCCGACUGAACAGUCCCCCCCCUCUAUCAAGGUGCAAGAGGAGGAGCGGGUAGAGCGUGGGAAUGGGAAGGGAAGGGGGAGGGAGGGGAGACGUGGGUUAAAGGUCAAAGACUUUGAACAGACAGAGCAUGAUCACCUCCGGACGAGAAGAGGAACCGAGACGCGUUUUUUAAAGAACAUGACGAACUGACCGUCAUUCUCAUAGGCGCAUUGUAAAACAACUCUAGAGAUACCCUCCCCGUCAUAUUACUUUAUUUUACUUCACUAAAUAACGACUGGACGCCGUGAGAGUUUUGCUUUACAUUACGAAGCCACUCACAACAUUGAUUUUGCUUCUCUUUUUUCUCCGUUUACCAUUUUGCCCUUAUUUUAAAGUAUAUUUAUUUGGAUUUUGUAGUGGGAUAUACGGUGAGCAGGUAGAGAGGGGUUUAGUGGGGCGCCGCAGCCUCAGACUAAGGGCUGGAGGAGAAUGCCUUCAUGUGUAGAUUUUUCUCCUUAACACUCCAGAGACCUUUUUAGGAUCUAUACUCUAUAGAUAGGUAUAACGCAACAACGAUAUCCUCGGUGGGGGGAGAACUGUAGUUUCUGUUCUUGAGGUACCUCUACGCAGAGCGUGCCAAAGCUGACAUUCAUUAGGAAAAGCACAUCAUAUGUCUUGAGAUUAAAGUGAAAAAAAGACGUCGGGAAGCCCCAAGAGUGCUUUAAACCCUUUUUUUUAACCCUAAUUUGGAUAUUCUGCGUCAAAUGACUGCGAGGUUUAGCUCCGAGGUCGGCCCGCGUGCAUUUUCUAAGAGAAGGAACGGUCAUCCGGCCCUCAGAUGAGAUUUGCACGACGUCCUGAAUUUAGAAGUCUUACUCUGCAGCUCCAGUUGUGAAAACGUUUAUCAGCGACGGACGAGGCUAGUCAUUUGCAGUGUUCAUGUGCAUUUGAGAGGAAGCCAUUCUUUUAGCCGUUUUUACCGGGGUCCAGACUUUGCUUGCAGAGCGGCAGACUGCAUGUUUCCACGAGGAGGAAAAAAAAGUCCUUUCUUUUCUGCUCUGAUUAAUGUCUUAAUAUUUUUAGAUAUGGUGUGGUUUGGUUUUUUGAUAUUUCACCCACGAUGCAUUUAGGUCAUUUCUCAGAUGCUUGUGCCAUAUUGAAGUGCGUGUCGCUGUUCAUCACUUCAUUCGCAAUAAACUUGGCCAGCUAGGGUGGAACUACAAAUCUUAUUUUCUCUCUUCCGUUUUCCCCUCCGAGUUGUUUUAAAUCAAAAGCACAUACAUUUGUAGUGAACAGGUAUAGCAGAAGAAAUAAUAUAUAUGUGAGAUGUAUUGCGUCCUCAAAAACAGGACUUAUUGAAUAUGAAAAGAUGCCAGCCGUUGUGUUGAAAUGGUUUUAAGCCCCCUCUACGCCGUCAGUUUAUGCGUAAAGUUGGGUGUUUGCGAGGGCUCAGUGCUUGUACUUAUGUCAGAAUCUUUAUUUUCUAUUAAAAAAACAACAAAUAAUAACAAGUGGGUCUGUAUGUGAGUCUUGCAUGCCAUUGUAUCUGUACUGGUGUCCCAAAAACCUACGUGGCGAGAUCACCCAUUGUUUAAAAAGACAAGCAUCUCAGACCCGGAAACACCAGCCUCAUCCAAAGAGACUGUACAACUAAAAUCAUGCUGAAGCGGGAGGGAGGGGAGUGGAGGGACGCGACUUCCUCCCCCCACCCUCUGACUGGUGAAAAAUCUUGUUUUUAAGCUGCUAGUGAAUCCUGCGGACAACGCUAAUGUAACACUCCGGAUCGACUCCUGUAACUCUCCCUGACACUAAAAACAUUCAGAUAAAGAAAUACCACGGCGGUGGGUCUGCAGGAUUCACAGCUCCCUGGAGUCACCCCCCGGGAUGUCCGGUUUAACAGUCCAUAAUGCCAUUGUGUUGCACAGUUAAAAGUUGAAUUGCAGAAGUAUCAUAUUUGUAAAAUCAUGAGAACAAAGACAAUAAAGUUAUUGAGAUUUA